AUUCCUUGGAAACAUUAAGCUGCUGGUAUUUCAGGACUGGUUUGCGCCUGUAGUACCCAAGAGGAGAUCAAUUUCAAAAGUGACUCUGUGGAAGGCAAGGAGAUUUGUCCCUAAUGUGGAUCAGGCCUUCAUUAUCUGUUUCUUUUCAUUGUAGGGUAAUUUGGGGCGGGGUGAGGUCUGUGCAAAGCAAUAACGUUCACUCAGCAGCUUAGUCCAUUUCUGAUAUGAUUCUGCUCUUUGGCAGCAGAGGAUGCUGUGAAGCUGCUGAAGCUCUGCAAGUAAGAAGAGAAGGAGACCUUUGAGCUGGGUUCUCUUCUGCCAUCAGCUGGAGCACAGGAUCCCUGAUGAGCCAGGAGACCUGAGCCCCUGGUGAUGGAAUGAGGGAAGGUGUGUCAUUUGUAGGAGAGAUCUGUGGCUGAGGGAAAAGGGCACUACCGUCUUAGGGGCUGUGGGUUGAUUCUCCUGGCUAUAUGAAGGAGGGAAAGGGUGACUACAGAGCAAGAAGCUGCUGUGCUGAAAUUGCUUCAGGCUACCUCCUGGAAGCUCUGUGGACAGGACAAUGUCACCAAAUCAGAAAUAAUCAUACUGAAGAUGAGGCUGAGGACCGCAGAGACAAGUCUAUGAGCAAGGACCCUGGGGACUUGGCUGGAGUGGAGAAGUGGAGGAGCCCCCAUACAGUUGAAGAUUGUCAGCCUACAUAGGUAGCUACUUUAGCUAAAUUGGUGCAACCAAGUCAGGGUCAAAUGAGUGGGUGGACUCAAAUCUUGGCUAGCUGUCCUCUUCCAUAGAGCAUGAACAUCAUUGUUGAGAUUCUGGAGGUGAAGUAAUGAGCAUCUGCCAUAAAGAAUUCAUCCUAUCCCAUUCAGACCAUGAGGAAAGUUACAUUGGUCAAAAUGGAAAAAAUGCCAGAACAAACAAUAAUAGGUUGGAAAAACUGUGCAAAGGCACAUCUUCUCAGUCAUUGGCUUUGGGAACAGCUUGCUGCCUAAAGCAAGAAAUGUUUACAGAGGGGUACAGCAACCCAAGUUUUCUACUCACUGGCUCACAGGAAUGCUAGUUGCCACAAGCCUUGCUGGUUGCAAAUUUUCAAAUACUGUUUCAGUGAAAAUCACCUUCCAGGUAAAAGGGAAUUAAAUGAGUUGCCAGUUCUUGAAUCGUUAAUUAAUAAAAGACUGAAAGAACUCCAAACACUUUUUGGCAAUGAGGCCUUGUCUUCUUCACUACGAGGAAGUUGUGGAGGCAGUACUUGCAUACGUGUGCAUAUAUGGAUCUACCAUACUGCAAGACACUUUGGACACAGGUAGAAGUUACUGUCAAAAAACCAGAGCAUUGGAUGAAUCCAUUUUGGAAGAACAGCCUUGGGUUAGAGUAGAAAACUGGUAAUGCUGGAAAAAGCAAAGGCAAAGAAGCUCCAUCUGGAAAAGUGGAUCACCAUUGUUUUCCUGCUUGUAACACUGAUCCAGAGCAUGGACAAAAAUACCAUGGAGGCAAAGACAGGAGGAGAGGCAUACUGAAUCCCAUCUGCCAAGAGUGCAGGAGCAGAGCAGUGAAAAAGAAAAGUCUGCUCCAUGAGCUAUUGCUCUCCUGAGUUAUGGAGACCAAGCCAGCCUUUUCUGCUGUAGGGCUGCUCUGUUCACCCUGGAGUGCCGUGAUGGAAGGAUUCCCUCUCCCAUGCCACCAGCCUUAUUUUGUGUGGGUACCUACUGGAUUCUUCUGACCUAUUUCAAGUGACUAUCUGGCUCAUAGCAAUGGUCAUUACCUGGCAGAAGUCAUAAGCAGCCCUGUUUCGUGUCCUGUCUUGCUACAUCAUAUUUUCAAACACAGACCCAAUCUGAAAAGUAUCUGGAGGAAAAACUGUGCACCUGUUCCCAGAUUUUUGGCUGCUGCAAACCAGAAAAACAGAGUACAUGAAGCACUGGACAGCCCAGGGCAGGAGAAAGCACUCUGCGCUUCCCAGAAAAAGCAGACCCUAGGGACCAUGACAGCGGUCACAGCCUAAUGUAGCUCUUUGGUUGACCAGGUCUUGAAAAAGUGACCUCGAACUAGCCUGCCCAAAGAUCCAUUCUAGACAGUCGCCAAUACCCAGGUUAGCUAGUGUGAAAUUGGCUCACACCCAUGAACUCAUGUGCAAAAGACACAGCUGCAGCACAUGCAUCCUGUCAGGAACAGAGGCAGGAAUAGCAUUCACUUCCUCAAGGCUUCCUACCUUCCUCUGCAGUGAACAGCCCCAGCACCUUGUUCUGCAAAAAAUCUGGCACAUCCCAAGAAUGGGGCUCGGCUGAAACAAGCCGCCUUCUUCAUCCUUGCCGUAACCUCCUCCUGUGCGGGACAAGGCUGAAGCUGCCGAGAGGCUGCCUGGGCGGCCCUGAUAAGAAGCGGUCUACCAGUCAUGAAACGAAUUCUUCUGUUUUUCAUCCUGGCUGCUGCUGUUAUGUAUGGUAUACUGCAUGGAAAUCUGUGGAGAAAUAACCUCUACUGGAUUAGCUUUUAUGGACAGACUUCCUCUGUGAGGGCUCCUCCUUCCUAUGAGACUGGUGGAGUUACCCAGCUGCCACCUACAGCUGUGGAGAGAAGGAAUGUGCUGGACUCUUGUCUCCAGAAACCAGCAUUUGAAUCUUUACUGGGUGUUGACAAAAUAUACCCAUUCCUGUGCGCUAAUGAUUUUAUCAGAACGGCAGAGUUCCACGGGAGCGAUAAAUUUGAACUACCUUAUGGAAUAAAGAGAGCAGAGCAAUUUUUUCGUUUAGCCCUUUCAAGACUGCAGAACUGUGGACUUUCCAAUGAAAAUGACAGCAUCUCCUGUCGACGGUGUGUUGUGGUCGGUAACGGAGGAGUACUUCGAAAUAAGACAUUAGGGGAGAAAAUUGACUCAUAUGACGUGGUAAUAAGAAUGAAUGACGGCCCUGUUAUAGGGUACGAAGAGGAUGUCGGGAGGAGGACAACUUUCCGCCUUUCUUAUCCAGAAUCCAUCUUCUCAGAUCCGAUCCAUUAUGACCCUAAUACGACUGUUGUUCUCACCGUUUUCAAACCACGUGACUUGAAGUGGCUUUGGGAGAUACUAGGUGGUCAGAAAGUAAGUGCUAAAGGCUUUUGGAAAAAACCGGCGCUGAACAUGAUAUACAAAUCUAGUCAAAUCAGGAUUCUUGAUCCCAGAAUCACCAGAAAAACAGCUUAUGAAUGGCUUCAUUUCCCAACGAGGUUUCCCAAAAAGGAGAAACCCAAGCAUCCAACGACCGGUCUAAUUGCCAUUACACUAGCGUUUCACAUAUGCCAUGAAGUUCACCUGGCGGGCUUCAAGUAUGACUUCACUGACAGAAACAGUUCUUUGCACUACUACGGCAAUGACACGAUGUCUCAGAUGAUACAGAAUGAAUACCACAACAUCACCGCUGAGCAGAAAUUUUUGAAGAAGCUUAUAGACAAGAACUUUGUGGUCAAUUUGACGUGAAAGCUGAAUAGAAAAUAUGAAGGAAAAUCACUAUUUUCAAGAUUUGAAAAUUUUUUAUUUUUUGUAUGACAUUUUUAUUUUUUAAGUGCAGCGUAACUGUUUACUGUUUAAAAGGAGCACAGAAACCUCACCAAGGCAGAAGCUUCUAAGCCUGAGGGUAGUAGACUAUUGUAAACAGUAAACCGAAUUUCUGUGAAACUAUUUAAUAAUGGGAAAACCAUGAAACUUUCAGCUGAAAGUAUCAGGGAUAUAUAAAAAUGUGAUGCACAUCACUUAUUUAUCAGCAAGAACUCUUUGCAAAUGAUUACGUCUCUGGAAUACUUUGGUUUCUGAUGUUGUCCUCCAAAAGAGUUAUACUGUCAAGAGACUGAGGCGACCAGUGUUUAAUUGGUAGAUGGAUGUAGAGUCUUGAAUGUCGGUCUUGUAGUAUGAACAUGGCUUUAAAACAAUGCCUAUCAAUCAUUACUGUGUGUCUGGGAGAAGGAGGAACACACAGAGCGUACAGGUUUUGGUCUGCCCUGCUCCCGAGGAGGGGACGCCCAUCUUCAGUAAAGAAGCCACAACUUCUGCACUGGCCGUCGACUCUGAGCUGCUGUCUGCCUUUGCCGAAGGUGAAGACCCUUUGGUCUGUUUGCUGGGGAUGUUGGUAUCGACAAUGCUCGUGUUGUACCUCGUUUAUGGAAAACCCAUCCUCUCUGUGCUGUGCCUCCAGUAAGUUCUACAGUUGGUGACUUGACUUAGAAAAGAGGGAGUAUUGAAGACUGAGGAGUUGUCCUAACUACCUGCCUGUCAGCCGCUUCCCCCAGACCACAACAGAAGCGUGAGCUGGGGCAGAGAUGCUCACGCCUGAGUUGAAAUUUAGAGCCCACGCUUGUUGGAUUCCUAGAUCUCCAGGACAGGAUCUCAUGUGUCUUUCUGUUUGCUCCCCAAGAAUCAAGGUGUAUUUUUCCACACCAGCACCAUCUCCUUUCUCAGAUGCCGGGAUGCGUUUCCACCUUUGAAAUGCAUCAAUAUGAGCGAUGAUGAAUGUUCCCGUUCUUGGCAGUAGAGUGUGCUAGGGAAUAUCCAAGAUGUACCUCAGCUGAAUUAUCAUUUGGCUUCUGCUUACCUCUCCUGUCUUGACAUUUAGUUUUAAAGGAUGUGGCUUAGCUAAAUCAUUCAGUGGUGGGAACUUACCGGGGAUUUUAAUGCAAACAUUUAAUGGGACCUUUAUUUUUCAUGUAUUGGUUUGUCUCGGACAAGCCUGCUGAAUAAGUUAAAUCUGCCUGGGAAUGCCCUUGACAGCUGUCAAAGAAGAACAAGUAAUAUGCUGUUCUAAUUCUCUCAGAGAGUGUGUGUGUAUAUAUAUAUAUAUAUUUUUUUUUUUAAUUGUGGCAGAUUUGCUUGAAGAUCUUGUGGUUAUCUUGAUCAGUCACACCUGAAGAAUGCACACGAAGUUCACUUAAAAAAAAAAAGUCUUUAAAGGUGGUAGAAAAACCUAUGCUGCUUUUUAAUAAAACUGUAUUUAGUACGUUUAGGAGCGGUG